UUUUCAGUUCCCCGGAUAGAUCUUCAGUGAAAUCAUCCCGUUCGCCCUAUUUAGAUGACGUCAGGAGUGGGCGGAAUGAUUCCCUUAAUCGCUCCCUGUCGGACAUCGAGAUUGCCGGAAGCCCAGUGCCCAGUACGUCCACCCCAAAAUCUUCUAGAACCAAAGAGAGGGGGUUCAGGACCGGACGAGACGAUUCCCUGAGUUGUUCCGUAUCAGAUGUCGAGAUUGCCGGAAGUCCAUCGUCCAGUCUGUCCAUGCCCAAGGCCUCUCGAGAUAAUGUGGAUGCAGAUCUAUCAGGCAUCGAGAAAUUAUCCGAUCUUGCAGCAGAAUUGACAGGGGAGACGUUGACUGUCAGUAGUCCCAUUCCUUCCCCCGAGAUGGGAUUCAUGGACUUGGAGGAAUCGCGAGCAUUGCAUACCCUUAGUGAUGGCUUCGACUCCUCCUUUCACAGUUCGAUGACUGGGCCUGUAGACCAAUCGACGCCAAAGAAGAGUCGAAGGAUGAGGAGUGAUUACCGCUUCGAAUGCUGCAUUGGGAUGAUGGCAACGAGAGACCUACUAGACACAGAAUGCGAAAUGGAGGAGAUGUCGGCCAAGGAAAAGGAGACAUUCUUGGCUCCUUUGAUUCAAGAAAAUUCAUCAUGCCAUCGACAGACUGUGUCUUACAAAGGAGCUAGUCUUUGCAUAGAUUGCUUCAUGAAUUUAUUUUCUCUCCCUAAGGAACAAUGGGAAAAGCUUCGGAGAAGGAAGAAGUCUGCAGUUCCCAAACGCAUCAGGACUUCCCCCAAAGUGGAAGUUGCAGAGGCCUGGAUGACUAACUUUCUGCGAUGGCACGGACAGCAUUCACCCUGCUCUACUAAGAUGAUCUACGUUCAAGGAUACAACGCGAAGGAGCUCCAUCAGCUGAUGAUAUGCAGUCUCUCCAAAGGCAUCCCUAAGGAAAACCUCCUGCAUUACACGUCGUUCACAGUGCUUCUGAAGAAAAUGAAAGUCUCUUUCGGAAAGGACAUCCCAGAUCUGGAGGACUUCAAGAUCCUUGUUGCCCCUGAUUGGGAGAGGGCGAGGCUGGAAGAAGUGAAGAAGUACAUCAGUCACUACUUCCCAAGAAUGCCCCAGGAGAAGGUCGAUGCAUGGAAAGAAUUCUCUCCGGGGGAAUGUCAACAGCCUAUCAUUGGACCAGUGGGAACCAGGCGGCAGGGAAUGUUCUCUGGAACCGAGGGUAUCUCUGCAGGAAUGCUAGCCGCAGUUUAUACGGAAGACAGAGCAUCUCGUCCAUGGGUGGGAGAAGUAAAGACUGCUGACGGAGACAAAGUGGAGAUCCAUUGGUAUGUGGGGACUUACCACGGUUCCUGGAAACCCAUGAUUGGAGACACGAGUGUUUCUUCAGUACCACGUGAAUCCCUGCUCCUGUGGGGAUUCACAUUCACCGACGUAAGGCGCCAGUUGAGGAGCAACACAAGAGAAGAACUGAGACGGCUGUACCGAGAGACUGACGAAAAAAUGGCUGACUGAAAAAGAAUAAGAAUCAUACCGCUUCCCUGAGACAUUUCUGAGACGAGAGGAGCUUGCUCGGCGCCAUAUGAAACUGACGAAAAAUUCGGAAAGGGUACCUGUACAGCCACUGAAGGAUGCUUUCGAUUUGGGUCAUAUUCCAGUUUGCAUCAGAGGUGGUGAUGGUGUUUCAACUCCCAAAAUUCCUUGACUGCAGGAGUGGGGGAAACUCUCUCCAGGAAUACAGUCAUGCUUCUCGUAAUUCCCUUUCUUAGGAAGACAUUGAGACCAGUAUCGAGAGUUUUCUUUCCUAUAUUCUGUACCCGCGCGGGAAAAGUUCAGAAUUCCUGGUCCAUUUCAUGUAACCUUCUG